AGAAUCUCUGGUUUUGUAAUUGAACUCAACUAUUUACUUGCGCAUGCCAUCUUCCACUUCUAACCCAAUCAACCAAAAAUGCUUACAUGCAUAGCACGUCCCAAGACCCAGUCCGAAGCCAAAGGGCAAGGCGUGAAGUCCCUCACCGGCCAGAUAAAAGACAUGGCGUUGAAGGCGUCAGGGGCCUACAAGCACUGUGCUCCGUGCGCCACGCAGAGUCAACUCAAGAGUGACGCGGCCGAGUCCGACUCGGACUCGGAGCGGUGGCGACGGAGGUGGGGGAAGCAAAUGGAGGCCAGGCUCAAGGGGAUAUCCAGUGGGGAGGGCACGCCGAGUUCAAGCGGAAGGAGGCUUGUUGUGGUGUUGGAAGAGGAGGAGCAGCCCAAGGAGUGGGUGGCGCAGGUCGAACCUGGCGUUUUGAUCACCUUCGUGUCGCUUCCGCGUGGCGGUAACCAUCUCAAGCGGAUACGAUUCAGUCGUGAUAUAUUUAACAAGUGGCAAGCUCAAAGAUGGUGGGCAGAGAAUUAUGACAAGGUCAUGGAACUUUACAACGUUCAAAGGCUUAACCGCCAAGCUUUCCCUCUUCCAACUCCACCAAGGUCUGAAGACGAGAGUUCAAAGCGUGAAUCAAUAGAAGAAAUCCCUUUGACACCUCCAAUGACAAGGGAAAGGCCACCUUGUAAUUUAUACCGUCCAACAGGGAUGGGAAUGGGGUACUCAUCCUCAGAUUCCCUUGAUCAUCAAUCAAUGCAUUCCAAGCAUUACUAUGAUCCCAAUGGUGUGAACUCAACCCCAAAGGUAUCCACCAUUAGUGCUGCCAAGACAGAAAUAUCUUCAAUGGAUGCUUCUAUAAGGAGUAGCUCAUCUAGAGAAGCUGAUCACUCUGAGGAUCUAUCGGUCAGCAAUGCCAGUGACUUGGACACUGAAUGGGUUGAACAGGAUGAACCUGGGGUUUAUAUUACCAUCAGAGCUCUGCCAGGUGGCAAGAAAGAGCUCAGAAGAGUCAGGUUCAGUCGAGAAAUGUUUGGAGAGAUGCAUGCUAGACUGUGGUGGGAAGAGAACCGCGCUAGAAUACAUGAACAAUACUUGUGAAAUUUUUCAAAAGGGUGCUCAAAAAAAUGUGAAGGUGGUGUUUCUUAUUAAUUUCCACAAUAUGUUUUUUAGCUACAUAAAGUCCCGUUAUAGGUGAUCGGAUAUAUGAGGGGUGCUACUUGCACCUCUACCUUUUUGGGCUAUAUACAUUCCUAGACCAUAGCAUGGUCGCUUCUCAUCUUCAGCGAUCGAUUCUAGUUAUUCUCUUGAAUCUUAGCUUCUGUUAGUUAGGGUAGCAAUAUUUUCUCGAAGCUUAUAGUAAUGGGUGUAAAUUAUAUAGCUGUUGAUAUUGGAUAUGAAGAAUGAAUCUGUUCACUGUUUUUUG